AUUUCGUGUUUUCCUAACCUCAACCCUCAGAGUCCGGAGUCCCCCCAACCGACCACCGAAGACCAGCAGCCGAAGAAACUCCGUGAUAAUCACGAAAAACUUCCAAAAAUGAAGCAACAACGAUAGUUAAACCCGGCAACAGUAUCUGACAUCUUUCAAGCAGUGAACGUAACGAUAAUUCAAAGUACAAAAGUCCCAAAUAAGUGAGAAAACGUGUGACAAUCGUCGUAAUCGUUGGUUUCACAAUUCUCAUCAACAAAUUUCAUCACCGAAGAUUUUGGAAAAAGCUCCGGAUAAAUUGACACACCUCUCUGCUGAGAAGUAUUCAAUCUCCAUUCGUAAGAAGAUUCACCAUAAUUCAGUUGAAUCAUUGACUCAACGAUGAAUAUAAAAGUUCCAUCAAUUAUUCCUUAAUCACCUGAAUGAAUUGUUAAAAUAAAUGUCCCAGAAUGAGUGAUGUGAGUAAAAAGGUAGGUGAAACUUCCAGUGGAGAGGUUGUUAAUGGAUUUCGGAGCUGUAGGGAUUUGAGUGAUAUUGUACCACUGUACACAGCUAAGGGGCUUUACUUGAAACCAAUAGCCAAAAUAAAUGUGUCUGUUAAUCUUCCCCAAUUAAAAACCCCAGGAAAAACAAUAUCAACAUGGGAGGUUAUGGAGAAAAUACGUCUGCUGAUACGUCCCGACGAGUUUGCCUCCCUCAAAGUCACCAAGAGUACUCUGGAGUUUGUGAGACUGGAGGGAGAGUUGACAGACAGAAGCAGAUUGCAGAGGGCAUUGGCGAGGCUAGAGGGGCAACGAAUGAACCUGGCUGGAUUCUCCAAUGUACUGAAAAUACGUGCCGUAGAGGCCAAGGAUGACUUUCCAACAAAACACAGUUGGGAUUCUUAUUUUCGUGAUGCCAAACAUAUGAAUGAACUCAAGCCUGGAGAGAGACCUGACACUGUCCAUAUCAGUGGGCUUCCUGUCAAGUGGUUCAGUGAGGAUGGGGGAAAGACUCCUAGUGAGCCAAUGCUCAUGAGAAUGUUCAAGAAGUGGGGAACACUCAGGAGGAUUGAUGUGCCUGCUGCUGACUCGUACAGAUCGAGACUGCGACUUGGGAAUAAUAUCCAGAAGUGCAGCUUUGGGGAUGGCAUUUUCUUUGAUGUUUAUGUGCAGUUUAUUGAGUAUAUGGAUUUUGUCAAGCUUAUGGACUCACUGAGGGGGAUGAAGAUCAUGAAGAAGGAGGGACAGAGUUGUCUCACUGCUCAAAUCAAGGUUGAUUUCGACAAGACGAAACACAUGAGCGAUUCCUCGGUGGCUCACAGGGAAUUCGAGAGGAAGCGACUGAUUGCACAAGACAGUUUAGCAGCUGAGAAAUUGAGGCGGAAGGAGGAGGCUGAGGUGCAGAAAAGAGAAGAGCAAAAGAAAAAAGAGGCCGCCGACAAAGAUGCUAAAGAAUCAAGAAGGAGAAAACGAGAGGAGAAACGAAAACGUAAAGCUUUGACUAUGUUUAGAAAACAGGAGGAGGAUAAAGUGUCCAUGAAGAUAGCUCGGGAAGAGAGAAAACUGAUAAAAGCACAGAGACAACUUGAGAGCAUUCGUUUGCUUGAUGAACUAUUCGAUAGGAUUAAGACUAAAGUCGAGAAGAAAGAGAUUGUAAUUGGAGGAAUGAGUCAGGAGGAUCAAAAAUCUGGUCAGAAGGCGGAUAAGGUCGAGGAGGCAUCCAACAAGUCGGCAGAUAGGGAUGAUAAAAAGGCGGAUAAGAGGAAUAAAAAGUUGAAGAAGAAGAAAUCGAAGAAGGAGAAAAAACGAAAGAAAAAGAAUAAAAAAGACUCUGCAAGUUCAAGCGACGAUUCAGACGUGGAGCCUGAUAAGAAGAAAUUGCGUAGUGCCUUGGGUACCAAUAACACAAAUUCCAUGGAAGUAGAUCCUGAGCUUGGUAUACCACAGAUGUACCCCCGUUUUCCACAGCCAUGGUUUUACGAUGCAGCAGCCAUGCUCUAUCCAGCAAUGAGUCGUGGUGGGGGUGGUGGGAUGAAUCGAUAUCAACGCGGUAGGGGCAAGAGUUUUCCUCGUCGUGGUGGCAGAUACCCUCGAUCGAUGCGUGCAUUCAACCCCCACAUGUACAACGAACAGUACUACAAGUACUUUGCCAAUCUAGCUGGGAUAGAUUACUACGAGAGUGAUUACAACUCAAAAUCACGUUCACGUAGUCGUGGCCGUAGUAGAUCGAGAAGUAGAUCUAGAUCGAGAAGAAGGACAAGGAGCAGGAGUUAUUCUCGAUCGAGAUCAAAAUCACGUGAGCACAGACGACGUAGGAGGUCAUCAUCACGCUCGAGGUCUCGCUCAAGAUCGAGAUUGAGACGCUCCAGGUCUAGGAGAAAAUCGAGAUCAUUGUCACGAUCACCCUCGAGGGACAGCAAGCAGAGGCAGAGUCGAAGGAACCGGAGUAGAUCAAAAGUUAAGGUGACGCGUGCUAAAUCAAGAUCGACUACACCCAGGAAGAGGUCCAGGAGUAAGUCAUGGUCGAUGCCAAAGUCACCGAGGCAACGCAGUUGUUCAUGGUCGAAGAAUGUUGAUGAAGCUGUCAAGGGCGCUGAGGAGGGCAAAGCUACGGGUGAAUCUAAGACUGCUGACACUAGUAAAGACGUUUGACAUUCCCCUUAUCAGAGACCGAAUCAUUAUUUUCGAAGGCUUACGAUACUUCCAGGAGCACUUGGAGCAAUAGUCUUCUUUUCUACAUCACUCAUUUGUUUUCUGCAGUAUAAUUUUCAUUUUGUAAUUGUAAUCGUAUUGAUAGUUUGAAAUAUAAUUUCCUUUG